AUGGAAGAGAUUUCUAAAUCUUUUUGGAAGGCGAUACCGUGGUGCAUGUUAUUCGCUGACGAUAUCGUGUUAGUAACAGAAACUAAAGAGGAGUUUAGGAAGAAAUCUGUAAGAGUGGAGGGAAGUCAUAGAAAUGGGACAUUGUCGGUUGGAGAGCCAGAGGUGUCCAUUAGGGAAGAAGUUGUUACAAGUACAACCAAGUACAAGUAUCUGGGAUCGAUUAUUCAGAGUAAUGGGGAGAUUAACGGAGAUGUUACUCACCGUAUACAAGCGGGUUGGCUCAAGUGGCAAACAGCCACCGGAGUGUUGUGCGAUAAGAAGUUUCCAAGUAGAUUAAAAGUGAAUCUUUUCUCCACUUCAUGGCAUAGUGACAAGGCCAAGGGCAUUAUCGGUCAUCCGACGCCCAUGGCAAAAGUGGCAAUCUGGCCGGCUUUGUUGUACGGAAUAGAAUGUUGGCCUAUAAAGAAGACUUUUGAACAUAGGAUGAAAGUUACAGAAAUGCGUAUGCUGAGGUGGAUGUGUGGUCACACAUUGAUGAAUCGAAUUAAGAACCAUGAGUUUAGAGAGAGGCUAGGGGUUGACCUUAUUUCGUAUGCUAUUUUAGAAGUGAACUUAAGUAUGUAUUGUGGAGUGCUUGAAUGUGUUAAGUAUGUGUUAAAACUCGUGAAUGGUUUUAUAUUUUCAAACUCAUGCGUUUACGUUGAAACCAUGAUCCAUGUCGAGCAUGAUGAUUGA